AGGACUACCACGCGAACCUUACCACAUGCAACGUACGCCCGAGCUAAUUCCUGCUUACCUCGUGUGGCAUUCUGAGAAUGGUACCGAGUUCAAGUGGAAAGCUCACCAGACUUUGCUUCGAAAGUGUUGUGGACAGAUGAAGCGGCAGGUCUGUGCAUCGAACGGGGAUGACGACAUUUCGAACCUUUCUUGUAAAACUCGCCGACGUGCCGCCGACUCGGAUUGUUCCAAUCGGCCGCCGACUCCUUUUGACGUUGCCGCCAAAGCCGCCGCCCGCUCGAAUUUCGUACCUAUCGCGGCCGUGCGAGCGUCACGAGUACCAGGCGACCAGGACGCGCUAGGAGAUUUGUGUAGUGCCAAUAUUUGAGUGGAUUAAGAACAGUGACCUCAAUAGUGCUGUGCCGUGUUUUUUACAUGCUGGAAAUAUUAAAAUAUUUUUUUAACUGAAAUUUAAAAAAAUAUCAAAAGUGUUUUUUUUUAAUUGAAAUUUUGCAGAUAAGAUCUACA